CGGGACGGGACAGACGGGUUUGUGGUUUGUUGUUGAAGGUUGAAGGACUUGAAUUUCAACUAAAAAUAAUUCAUUUCUUCUGGAAUUUUAAGAGGCUACCAGCAGAGAAUAAUAAAUAAUAUAUUCGGUUGUUAAUGUCCAGAUCAAGUAAAUGAUGUGAGAGGCAACAGGCAUCUAAACUCCUAGCAGCAGCUUCAUUGAGUCAUACAACAUUGUGGUAUCAUAAAUUCUAUUAAAAACUAGUGAGGCCAGAGAUGUCCAUUCCAUCCGAAAAUCUAAUAUAUUAUAUUCUAAUCAACUGAAGAUAGGUACUUAUAGUACUUAAGAUACAGGCCUGGAAAAAAAUCUCAGUUCUAUAAUUUGAGAAAUGUUAUCUAUCAGGAGAUUGUGUACUAGAAAUGCUAUCCAGUUAUUCCUAGAAGUGCCUUCAGGACAAGUGCCAUACAGUAGGUGCUCAAUACCUCUAUUAAACAAGAUUUCACAACCUAACCUCCAACUUCUUAGGUACAAAAGCAAAGGGAACAAGAGCAAUAUACCUAGUCAUGCUACAGAGACAGAAACUGAGAAAGAUAGCAGUGAUGACACCAUAGAUGAUUUACUGGAUAAAAGCACAAAAACAAUCAAAAUCAAUGUUCCUUCUAUGCGCAUGGAUGCACUUCUGAAAGCAGGAAUGGGGCUCUCCCGUAACAAGAUUGAGGUGAUGUUUUAUGAAAGCAAAGUUAGGUUGAAUGGAGAAAAAGUUCCCAAAAAGAGCAUUACUGUUCAAGAAGGUGAUGAAAUUGAUAUGAUAAAGGGUGUCAAUGUGGAUAAUCCAAAUUUUCUAACAGUAGCUAGGUUAGAAAUAUUGUCAUCAGUGCAGACAGAGAACAAAUUGACUGUGAAAAUUAGAAGGUGCAAAUCACUGACAGUGGAAGAUUAUUCUGGAAGGAAUAGUUGGGUGUCUUAGUGUACAGUGUACCUGUGUAUUAGUUUCAAAAAUUAUUAUUCAUAUUGCUAUAAAUAAAAUGUACAUAUUUCAAAAGUA